AUGGCUUCGCCCAGCACAGAAACACAUUCCAGCCGUGACCUCCUUGAUGCUCAAGCUCACGUGUGGAACCACAUUUUCAACUUCAUCAACUCCAUGUGCCUCAAAUGUGCCAUCGAACUCCGCAUACCUGACGUUGUCAACCAACACGGCAAGCCAAUGCCACUCUCUCAGCUGGCCGACGCCAUCCCCAUCGACACCGCCAAAACCCAAUGCCUCCGCCGACUCAUGCGCAUCCUCACGCACUCCAAAUUUUUCGCAAGGGUCCAAACAUCCGGUGACGAGUGCUACGCCCUCACGCCGGCCUCGACUCUCCUCCUCAAGGACAACCCUCUCGGCGUGGCUCCACUCGUGCGCUCCAUGCUCGAUCCAGCCUUGAUCGACACGUGGCACGACAUGGGCGAGUGGUUCCUGAACGACGGCGGGCACGGGCCCACCCCGUUCUUUGCCAAGCACGGGAUGCCGCUGUGGGAGUACUUUGGGGCGGUGGAUGCGAGGGGGAACCGCAUGUUUAACGAGGCCAUGGCGUGCGAUGCGCGGCUAGUGGCUGGCGUGCUCACAGGUGAGUGUAGGGGAGUGUUCGAGGGCGUGAGGUCGCUGGUGGAUGUGGGCGGCGGCACGGGGAUGGUGGCCAAAGGCAUCGCGGGUGCGUUUCCCGAGAUGGAGUGCGUCGUGCUGGACCUGGCGCACGUGGUUGAGGGCAUGGAAGGGGGUCCGAAUCUCAAGUAUGUGAGUGGGGACAUGUUUGACCGCAUUCCCCAUGCCGAUGCUCUUCUCCUAAAGGAGGCCGGUGACCGGAACUUGAGAAAACUUACCUUGAGAAUGGAAGCCCGACCGAUCCAAGACACCAUCGUCGCAACCGGAGAGGAAGAGGCCUCGUAUGACGAGCUGCAUCAAAGAGAGGGAGAGCCACCGAGGACGACCACUGGUCGAAGCCUCGACUCCGCCGAGAAAGGCAAUCGGAAGUUGAAAGGAGGAAACGACGAUGGCGAUUUGGGGAUUUGGAGAAAUCGGGGGUUUUAA